AUGAAGGUUGCGGCGCAACUCAAACGCCGUAAUACAUAUAGCGAAAUAUCUUCUAUCCUUCAAAAUUCAACACUAGCUGUCCCCAAGCAACCAACAUCAUCUUGGUGCAGUUCACGAGUCCCAAAACAGGUUGCUCUUACCAUACGAGAGCCACUUCCGGUUGUUCAAAAAGCUGCCCGUCCUCAGCUAUUUGUGAGCACAUCAGACAAUAACAAAAAAAAAGGAAAGGAUUUAUGCACGUCCUCUGUCAUUAGUGAAACAGAUGGUUUUCUUGAUAUGGAAGCUCAAUCAUUGCAAAAAGGAAAAAGAAAAAGAGAUGCAAUAUCUUGCCGAGAGUAUUACUGUUACAAAUUCCAAAUUAGAGAAGAUGAAACAAAUCAGGAUUUAUGUAGAAUCGAAGUCUUGCAAGGGAUUCUUGAUAUAUUAAGAUGUGGAGAAAGGGAAGCUUCAAAUAUUGGAAAGAAAAAUUUCUUACCUGUUGCUUUUAUAGGAGGACCAAGAGACAUGCGUCGACGAUAUAUGGACGCCAUUGCAUUGGUGCAAUACUUUGGAAAACCUGAUUUAUUCAUAACAAUGACAUGCAACCCAUCUUGGCCAGAAAUAAAAGAACAACUACUACUCAAUGAUGAAGUACAAAACAGACCCGAUUUGGUUAGUAGAGUUUUCAGAGCAAAAGUAGAAGAAUCAAAAAAAGAUAUAUUAAAAAGACAAAUUUUUGGAAAGGUUGCUGCUUUUAUGUAUACUAUAGAGUUUCAAAAACGUGGUCUUCCACAUGCUCAUUUCCUUAUUAUACUUGCUAAUGAACACAAAUUGCUAACUCCUGAAUCUUAUGAUAAAUUUGUAUGUGCUGAACUUCCUGAUUCUGUUGUAGAUCAUGAUUUAUACUCAUUUGUUAUCAAACAUAUGAUGCAUGGCCCUUGUGGAAAAUUAAAUCCCACAAAUAGUUGCAUGAAACAAAAAGGUAAGUGCAAAUUCAAAUAUCCAAAAGAUUUUGUUGAACGAACAUCCAAAGGAAAGAAUUCAUAUCCAAUAUACAAGCGGAGAAAAACCAAAGAAUGUGUCAAAAAGAAGGGCAUUUUCCUAGACAAUUCAUGGGUUGUUCCAUAUAAUCCUUUCUUGUUAUGCAAGUAUAAUUGUCAUAUGAAUGUUGAAGUUUGUUCUGAUAUCAAAGUAGUCAAAUAUAUCUACAAAUAUAUUUGUAAAGGACAUGACAAAAUUACUUUUCAAAUGCAUGAUAGUAAUAUAGAUACUGGCGUAGAUGAAAUAAAAGAAUACCAAUCUGGUAGGUGGGUUUCACCUCCUGAGGCAGCCUGGCGAUUAUUUAAAUUUCCAAUCAGUGAAAUGACUCCAUCUGUCUAUCACCUUCAGUUACAUUUACAAGGACAACAAUUUGUUUUCUUUAAGAGUAUUGACAAGGUAGAUAAAAUUCUAAAUAAUCCGACUAUUGGAAAAACAAUGUUAACUGAAUUUUUUGCUAUGAAUAGAACAAACACUGAUGCUAUGCAACUAUCAUUAUUAUAUAAAGAAUUUCCUGAAUACUUUGUAUGGUCAACAAAAGACAAAAUGUGGACACGUCGAAAACAACGUUCUGUUAUUGGCCGUGUUGUAACAUGUCAUCCAACAGAAGGAGAAAGAUAUUACCUUAGAUUAUUACUCAUGAAUGUUAGAGGACCAAAAUCAUAUGAGGAUUUACUUAAAGUAGAUGCUGAAUACUGUAGUACAUUUAGAGAGUCUGCGGAAAAAAGAGGCUUGUUACAUUGUGAUAACAACUUAGUGGAAUGUAUGUCUGAGGCUGUCACUUACCAAAUGCCAUAUAAUUUAAGACGUUUGUUUGCAACAUUACUGGUCUAUUGUAAUCCUGCCAAUCCAGCAGAAAUUUGGAAACAAUUUGAAGCUCAAAUGUCAGAAGACUUUCAAAUUCUACCUAACAUGAAUCCAAAAAAUAUUACUUACCUGACUUUAAAUCAUAUUAAUGACUUUUUGCAUUUGAUGGGACAUGAUAUUAACGAAUAUAAAUUGAUUGCAGAGACAGUAAAAUCUUCAACAGAUGUCACAGAAGCUACUGAAUGUUUGUUUGAGAGAAACAUUAUUGUUGCAGAAGAGGAUUUGUUGCUACAGACAAAAUUAAAUACCCAACAACGAAUAGCAUAUGAUACAAUCCUUGAUAGAAUAUUUUCCAACAAAUCAGGAGCUUUUUUUUUUUUUAUUGAUGGACCUGGAGCAACAGGUAAAACUUUUUUAUAUCGUGCCUUAUUAGCUGUUGUACGCUCAAGAGGUUUUGUUGCCUUAGCAACAGCAAGUUCAGGUGUUGCAGCUUCGAAAUAG